UGCGCAAUGCCACCUUACGUGGCAUCAGCAGCAGUCACAAUUGCAGCGAAAUACAUUUUCUUCAUUUAGUGUAAAUAUUUGUGGAAAUAUUAACUUUUGUUAUGGUUCAAAUAUAUUUAACGACACAACGAUAAAAAUGAAUCCACAAUAUAUACAGCAACAGCAACAACAGUCUCAACAACAACCUGGUUGUUACCCUAGCCCUCCAACUUCAUCUCCAUAUGGGGAAGUAAAUUCUAAUGUUCCACCAAGUAUGUUAAAAGGAUCCCCAAUGAAUACUCAAACAUAUGCUUCUCAAAAACCAAUGCAAGGAUCUCCCCAUACUAAUUUACAUCAGACUCAAGCACCAUAUUAUAUGAAUAACAUACAAUCACAAGGAAAUACUCAAUAUGAUCCAUCUACAAAUAAUCCACAUAUGAUACCACCUCCAACAAGUCAAAAUAAUAUAGUUAAUCAAAUGUCAAACAUGUCUUUGGGGGAUCAACAACGACCACCAUCUGUGCAAAAUUUUCCUCCACCACCUUUACCUGGAAAAAGUAGCCCAACAAUAUCCACACCUUCCAAUGUGAAUGGUUUUAAUAAUGCAGUAGAAACAUCAUCAGGAACUAGUUUUGCUGGGCAAACUGAUCCUGGUGGAAAAUCUGAACCAUCUAUCCCUGGACAGACUGUACAAGAGCAGAAAACAGCUCUAAAGACUUCUACACCACAGCCUACUAGUCUUCCAUUUUCAGAACAUUCAACAGGAACUACUUCUGGCCACUAUUAUCCUGGACAAAAUUUACCAUCUGAACAAGUGUUUAAUACCGGUUUGUCAUCAUCAAGUCAGCAUCAAUCUGGUCAAAUGAAUAUUACUGAAACAUCUGGACAGUCAAUUUUUCCCGCACUACCUAUGGGGCAAAGAUCUACAGCUCGACCAUUACAAGGACAGCAACUUGCAUCUAGUUCACCUUUACCUGGACAACAAAAUAUUCCUAACCCAAUGAUACCAGGACAGCCAAAUUUAUCUGGACCUCCAUUGUCAAGUCAACAAAGUCACAACAAUACACCUAUGCAAGGUGUACAUGGACAACAAAAUUUAAUUGGAUCAUCACAGUCUAAGCAGCAUUUGUCAUGCCCACCCUUGCAAACACAGUCAAAUUUGUCUGGUCCUUCACUUCCAGGACCACCUUUACCGGGACAACAAUAUUCUCUAUUACAAGGGCAACAAAAACCUGGUCAUUCCUAUACAGAACCACCAAAUGUGUCGAUGUUUAAUGUACAUGCUCAAUCAAAUUUACCUGGCCCUCCAUUGAUGAAUCAACAAAGCGUACAUCCAACUCCAAUGCCAGGUCAACAAAGUGUGGGCCCACCUCCAUUAACAAACCAACAGGGAUUUAACAAACCACCAUUAGUAGGACAACAAAAUUUAUCCAGUUCACAAAUGCAACCUCCAUUACCUGGUCAACCAGUGGCACAGAUUAAUUCUGGUACAAAUUUACCGCAAUCUGGUCAGAGACCCUAUAUAUCUGGACCCCCUCCUAUACAAGGACAAAAUAUUGGAAAUCCCCUAGGGGUUAGUCGUAGCCCACCUAGUGUAAUGCCAAAUUACCAACAUACAGGAUAUCAAGGCUAUAAUAACGAUAUAUAUAACACUCAAAGAGGUUCAUAUCAAGGUGGUACACCAGGCGUAACCGGUGGAUAUCAACCCGGUAUGCAACCACAACAAGUUAGACGUUUGGAUCCUGAACAAAUGCCAAGCCCAAUUCAAGUAAUGCAAGAUGAUCAGCGUGUAAGAGGAGGUAUAUUCGUAACAAAUCAAAAGGGAUUGGUUCCACCAUUAGUAACUACCAAAUUUGUGACGCAGGAUCAAGGAAAUGCAUCUCCUAGAUAUAUCAGAUCUACUAUGUAUACUGUUCCUACCACAACAGACAUUAUAAAACAAACGAAUGUUCCAUUUGGUCUAAUAGUAAGUCCAAUGGCUCGUACAGAAGAAGCGGAAUACGAACCUCCUAUUGUAGAUAUGGGUGAAAUUGGUCCAGUUCGUUGCAUACGCUGCAAAGCAUACAUGAGUCCGUUUAUGCAAUUUAUUGACGCGGGCAGAAGAUUUCAAUGCAUGUUUUGUAAAGCUACAACUGAGGUUCCGGCAGAAUACUUCCAACAUUUGGAUCACACUGGUCAACGUAUGGAUCGCUUUGAAAGACCAGAAUUAAUGCUAGGAACGUAUGAAUAUAUUGCUACCAAGGAUUAUUGCAGGAACAAUACUUUUCCAAAACCACCAGCUAUUGUGUUCGUAAUCGAUGUAUCGUACAACACAGUUAAAUCUGGUUUAGUUAAUCUAUUAUGUAUGCAAAUGAAGUCAAUCUUGCGGCAUCUACCUGUUGAUGCUAAUGAAAGAAAAACGAACAUGAAAGUAGGAUUUAUAACGUACAAUAAUACGGUGCACUUUUAUAAUAUUAAUUCUUACCUUGCUCAACCACAAAUGAUGGUUGUCGGGGACAUACAAGACGUUUUUAUGCCACUUCUUGAUGGAUUUUUAUGCGACGUUGAAGAAAGCGAAUCUGUUAUUGACGGUUUGAUGACACAAAUACCAGCAAUGUUCGCAGUUACUCGCGAAACAGAAACAAUUCUCGCACCAGCCAUACAAGCUGGAUUAGAAGCAUUAAAGGCUUCAGAUUGUGCUGGGAAGUUAAUAGUUUUCCAUUCUUCCUUGCCCAUUGCUGACGCUCCUGGUAAAUUGAAAAAUCGCGAUGACCGUAAAGUUCUCGGAACAGAGAAAGAAAAAACUGUUUUAGCUCCACAAAAUAACGUCUACAAUAAUUUAGGUCAAGAGUGCGUAGGUGCGGGAUGUUCUGUAGAUUUGUUCGUUUUUAAUAAUUCAUAUGUGGACAUUGCAACAAUAGGUCAAAUUGCCAGAUUGACCGGUGGAGAAGUUUACAAAUAUACUUAUUUCCAAGCUGAUGUAGAUGGCGAACGUUUAAUAUCCGAUGUGAUUAAUAAUAUUAGCAGACCAAUUGCAUUUGAUGCCAUUAUGCGUGUACGUACAUCUACUGGCGUUCGAGCAACUGAUUUCUAUGGACAUUUCUUCAUGUCAAAUACAACAGAUAUGGAAUUAGCUAGUAUAGAUUGUAAUAAGGCCAUUGCGAUAGAAGUGAAACAUGACGAUAAACUAACCGAUGAUGAAGGUGUAUAUAUUCAAGCAGCUUUGUUGUAUACUUCCUGCAGUGGAAUCAGAAGAUUGCGUAUUAUUAAUCUUAGUUUAAAAACUUCGUCCCAAAUAACUGAAUUAUACCGGGCAUGUGACUUAGAUGCUAUCAUAAAUUUCUUCUCUAAACAAAGUGUUUUUAAACUAAUUGAAUCAACUCCGAAAACUGUAAAGGACAACUUAAUUGCACGAUCUUCAAAUAUAUUGGCCGCAUAUAGAAAACACUGCGCUUCUCCAUCUAAUGCUGGCCAAUUAAUAUUACCAGAGUGUAUGAAAUUGCUCCCACUUUACAUCAAUUCGUUAUUGAAAACUGAUGCUUUAUCUGGAGGGGCCGAUAUGACUAUUGACGAUAGAUCUUUCGUUAUGCAAGCAAUUACUACAAUGCCCAUUUCAAUAUCAGUUGUAUAUGUUUAUCCGAGAUUACUUCUUUUACACGAAGUUGAUCCACAAGAUACAGAGUUACCACAAAUGUUGCGCUGCUCUAUUGAUAAAUUCACAGAUGACGGCGCGUAUUUACUUGAAAACAGCAUCCACAUGUUCAUGUGGUUAGGCUUGGCACUUUCUCCACAAUGGGUACAGGCAGUGUUCGGAGUUCCAUCAGUUGUUCAAGUUGACACAGACUGUACCACACUGCCAGUAUUAGAUACUCCACUAAAUAAGCGAAUUAACGGUAUCAUUAAUCGUGUACGUAUGGAAAGGCAUCGUUGUAUGAGGUUAACUAUAGUGAGACAGCGUGAAAAGCUUGAAAUGGUAUUACGUCACUUCUUGGUUGAAGAUAGAGGAAACGACGGAAGUCCCAGUUACGUUGAUUUCCUUUGCCAAAUGCACAAAGAAAUAAGAACACUCCUUAACCAAUAAAAUGAAUCUUAAAGCAAUCAGUUAUCUUGUGUUGGAAUCCUAGCUUACUACAUGUCUGUGACUAUUGUCACAUUAUGUAAAGGAUCAGUUAGAUUAUUAAACGAAAUUUAUUCGAAGCUCAAUGGGGAUCAUAGAUUGUGCAUGCAUUCGCACGUACUAUAAAAAAAGAAUGUGGAAAAAAAACUAACUUACAUUUAUAACACGGUACCUACGGGCAAUGAACUUUACAACAUAACUAAUCAUUCCGCGAGAAAAAACGGCGCAUGUGAAACAUCCGAAUGCACUCACACAGUGAUUUA